UGUACGUUUACAGAUGCAAAGGAAACGUGUUUCUAUGGCAACAUGGAGACGCUGCGUGUCUGCGGAAAACGGAUGUUGCGUAGCUGGAGGACGCUAGUUUUGAACCGUUUUGAGCGGCGGAAUCAGUGCUCAGGGAACGCCGCUUUUUGGUUAAGUUUUUACAUGUUCACUAACAGUGUGCCCUGUUUUAGCACGUUCUCGUUCGGCUCGUGAAAGCCAAAAGAAACCGUAACAGAGGAGAGGACGAGCGUUACGCUGGCUCGCUCUAGCUCGGCUAACGAUCACCAUGAGCAAAUAUGAGCUGUCAUCGGAGAGACUGGACACUGAGUUUGACCAUUUUCUGCUGGACAUGAAGCCAUAUGUCCUCAAACACCCAAGCAAGACAGAGCGUCAGCGCUGUGCCCAAUGGAUAAAGAAGCUGUGCGACCCAGCCACAUGUGGUUCAGGUCUGAUUGGUCGCAAGAACCGCAACAUGUAUGCCCGUUUGCUCCUUCAGAUGCUCAAAAGAGGGGUCCUGGAUGGGCCUUUCACCAGCAAACCAGAGCCAGGAAGCCUUAAAACACUUCCUGCAUACAUGUCCAUCUACUUUGAUGAGCCACUGAGCUGCCUGAGGGUGGAGCAUGGUGUUAGAAGCCUGCCCGACUGGGUGACAGGGGAGCUGAGUGGCUGUUCUGAUGACAGUUUAACAAUGGAUCUGCUUAAGGACAAACCCAGUUCUACACCUGUUAAAGAUCAUCACAGGAGAAGGCCGUAUGAGGAUAGGGCAGCAUCACGACCCGUGUCUUCGAGUCCACUGAGACAAUCACCCAGACAAGUUACAAGAAUGGUGGAUGGGGAGCCAAACCAUAUGUCUCCCGAUGACAGUGACCUGGAGGCUCGUCUCAACAGCUGGAACCUGGGGAUUGAGAAGCCAAGGUAUUUGCGAGAGGAGCCCGUUCCCUUGUCACCAAUUUUCAAGUCAAGCUUUGGGGGGAAGAGUAACUUGGCCAGUGAUCAGGGUGCACAACUGUUACAGAGCAAAGAGACCGAGAUGAAGAUCAAAGUGUUGGAGGCCAAGCACCAGGAGGAAAAACUGAAGAUGCAGCAGAGACACGAUGCAGAGGUUGAGAAAAUUCUGGACCGAAAAAAUGGUGAGAUUGAGGAGAUGAAGAGCCUUCACCGGACCAAGCAGAAAGAAUCAGAGGAGACGAUCCGUAAGCUGGAGAAGAAAGUUCAAAGUGUGCUGCGGGAAUCCCAGGUCAUCUGCGAGAGCAAAGAGAAGCAGAUUGCAGAGCUGAAGAAGAUGUCGGAUCAGAGCGCCGACUCUUUAAAAAACGAGUGGGAGAAGAAGCUGCAUGCUGCCGUGACAGAGAUGGAGCAGGAGAAGUUUGAAUUGCAGAAGAAACAUACACAGAAUAUCCAGGAACUGCUGGAGGACACCAACGUCCGACUGGCUAAGAUGGAGUCUGACUAUAAUGCACGGUCACAAGCAACUGAGCAAACGAUGAGAGAGCUCGAGCUCCGGGUGAAACAGCAGUCAGCAGAAGUGGAGAAGGGCAACACGCUGCGUCAGAAAGUGACACAGGAGAAGGCUGAGCUGGAGAUCCACAUUGCAUCUAUCAGCACUGAACUCCAGGAGGCCAACAGACGGAUUAUGAUCCUGCAGAAGGAGAAGGAGGAGCUGAGCGAGCAGCAUGAGCAGGCCACGCAGAAGCUCCAAGUCAAGUACGAGACCGACUUGAGCCACUUGCACCAUGAGCACGCUCUCUCCGCUGCUAAGGCCUCUGAGGUGAUGGCAGAUUUAGAGAAAACUGUGGCUCAGAUCAAACAGCAGCUCGAGGACAGUGAACAUCGAAGACACCAACAAGUCAGGGAUCAAGAGAUGAAGGUUCAGCAGGAAAAAGAUGAACUGCUGAUCAGCUGUGAGAAAAAGGUUUUGGCACUUCAAACCGAGGCAGAGAAGGAAAAGGCAGAGGCUAAAAGGAAGAUAGCCAAACUGGAAGAAGCACUCAGGGAGAAGGAGAGCCAGCUGGACAGAGCCAGGGAGAGCCAAAGACAGCACAUCCAGCAGGCAGAUAUGGCGCUGGAGCAGUUCAAGAAACAGGUGGAGCUCAGUUCUGAGAAGGCCUACGCUGACAUGAAACUGCAGAUGGAGAAGGUAGAGGAGGACCUGAAGCGCUCCAGGUCCCUCAGGGAGAAGCAGGCCAAAGAGUUCUCGCAGCAACUUGACGACCUCAGACAGAAGUUCGAGCAGCAGAUGGCUGAGCAGCGCAUGCAGCACGAGCAGGAGAGGACGCGGCUACAGCAGCAGCACAGCGCGGAAAAGGACAGCCUGGUCCAGGAGCACCAGCGGGAGGUGAGCAGCCUGGAGAGGCAGGCCAGGGCCGCCCUACAACAGCACCAACAGCACACCCAAGAGUGGAGGAAGCGCGACGCCCAGACAAUUGCAGAUUUGGAGGCCCAGUUGUCAGAGCUACGUGAGGAACUCAAGAAGGCCCAUGCCCAGCAUAAGCAGCAGCUGGCCGAGAUGGCGUUGCUCCAGGAGGAGGAAAAGCAAAGAGCAACCCUGGACAAACGGGCAUCCCUGGACCGGCUCGAGAGAAACCACCAGCAGGAGAAGGAUGCUGCACAUGAGAAGGGGUCUGUGAAGCCGCUUCUGUGCCUGAUAAAGACGCCUCAUCUCUGGGCUACAACCAACAGCAGGCUAAAGCAGAUUGAGAGGGAGUACAGUCAGAAGCUUGCCAAAUCUGCCCAGCUAAUUGCAGAGCUACAGACGUCUGUAUGUGACUCAAAGGAGGAGGCGAUACGUCUGCAGACGGCAAUGGAGAAGCAGCUAAAAGAGGCCAAUGCUCGCUGGGAAGAGGAAAGAAAGACAAUAACCCACCGUGCCGAUCAGGCCCACAAGGCUCUGCAGGAAAAGGUGGAAAGUCUACAGAGACAGCUGCACUCGGCAGAGAAGAAUCUGUUAAGCAAAGAGCUGGAGACUGAAGAGAAGGUGACCAUGGUGCAUAAGGAGUAUGAGGAGAAGAUCAAAGGUCUGAUGCCGGUGGAGCUCAGGCAGGAGCUGGAGGACACAAUCAGCUCACUGAAAGCUCAGGUUAACUUCCUUCAGAUGAGAGCCUCUUUGCUACAGGAAGACCUGGAUGCCUGUCGCAGCAGCAGGUAACAGCACGAUAACGUCAGGCUGAUCUUCCGCCCGGACGUGAAGGACGGCGUCGCCGAUCAGGUGUGAGCACUGUUGGCUGUUACGAGUAUUUUACACACCUGCCACGUCAUCUUUUACUUUGAAAGACUGUUUUUUUUCUCCAUUGGUUUAACAUCUGAAAUAUUUAUUCAUUGUCAGAUUUUAGUUUUGCCUUGUUCAAAAAAAUAA